AUGGCACGUCCCGGCUGGACGCCGCUGGUGGCCGCCGCCGCCGCCUUCCUGUUGGCGACCGUGGCCCUGCUGGGCGUGGCCGGCUCCGAGCCCGCCUGGCGGAGGCCGAGCGGGAGCCCGACGCCGGAGUCGCACGACGGGGAGCGCUGCUGGCUUCGCAGGACUCGCUCUGCCGCGCGGCCGCUGCGCCCCGACGCCACCUACCCGCGUCCAGGGCGGGCGGCAGCAGCGGCGGCGCCGGUGCAGCCCAGGCGCGCCCGGAGCGCCGAGGGCAGCAGCGUGGAGGACACGUGGGGCGAGAGCAGCCCCUUUCCGCGGCGCGCGCGCGCCAGAGCCGCCGGACCUUCCGCUCCAGGCGCCGUCGCCGCGCUCUACUUCUCGGGCAGGAGGGAGCAGCUGCUGUUGCGCCCGGGGGUCGUGGCCGAGCUGCCCCGCUUAGAGUUCACCGUCGAGGCGUGGCUGAAGCCCGAGGGCGGCCAGAGUAACCCAGCCAUCGUCGCAGGUGUGUUUGACAAUUGCUCCCACGUCGCCAGUGACAGGGGCUGGACUCUUGGCAUCCGCACGCAGGAGAACGCCGGGAAGAAGGAUGCCCGUUUCUUCUUCUCACUCCGGACAGACCGCUUCAAGAGAUCUUCCACCAUAUCGGUACAACGCCGCUACGAACUCAAUACGUGGGCUCACGUGGCCGCCACCUACAACGGGAAGCAGAUGCUGCUAUACCUGAACGGGGAACGGGUGGCUCGUAGUUCCCAGCAGUCUGGGGCCCUCCACAGUCCCUUCAUGGCUUCUUGCCGCACCUUGAUUCUGGGAGGUGACAGCUCGGAGGGCGGGCACCACUUCCGCGGCCACAUGGCUCUGCUGGCCAUUUGGAAUGCCGCCUUACCCCAGGAGAAACUCCAGAGAGCCUUCUUGAGAAAGGUUGAAGACAGAGAAGCUACCAUGGUGCUGAGUGCGAGGUUCAGCCGCUUGGAGCAGCAAUGGGUAACAUUCAGAGAUGGCGCUUACCCGCUGGUGGAGUCCUUCCAAGCGCCGGAGCCUCCGGUUUUGUCUCCGCUUGUGCCCUCUCUCUGUGGGCAGACUGUCUGCGACAACGUGGAGUUGAUCUCCUACUACAACAGCCACUGGCCGCUGAGGAACGAGAAGGUGGUCCGCUACCGGGUCGUCAACAUUCACGAUGACGAGGGGCUCCACCCUACCGUCAGCCAGGAACAGAUUGCCCACCAGCACCGGGUGCUGAGCGGGGCCUUUGGCCGCUAUAACAUCACCUGGCAACUGAGCGUACACAAGGUGCACAGCUCCUUGCUCCGCCACCGCGUGGUCCUCAUGAACUGCGAGCCCGGCAAGAUUGGCAACGAAUACUGUGACCCCGAGUGCGAGCACCCGCUGACUGGCUACGACGGGGGCGACUGCCGCCGGCUGGGGCGCUGCUACGACUGGGUGCGCCGGGAUGGGGUUUGCAACAUGGAAUGCAACAACAUGCUUGACAAUUUUGACGACGGGGACUGCUGCAACCCCAGAGUGACCAACGUGAAGAAGACGUGCUUUGACCCCGAAUCUCCACACCGGGCAUAUAUGAGCGUGAAGGAGCUGAAGGAGGCGCUUCAGCUGAACAGCACUCACUUCCUGAACGUCUACUUUGCUAGCUCUGUGCGGGAGGAGCUCGCAGGUGCUGCCACCUGGCCCUGGGACAAGGAUGCCCUCAGCCACCUGGGUGGUGUGGUCCUCAAUCCGGCCUAUUAUGGUAUGCCGGGUCAUACAAAUACCAUGAUCCAUGAAGUGGGACACAUCCUGGGACUCUACCAUGUCUUUAAGGGAGUAAAUGAAAGGGAAUCCUGUGAUGACCUGUGCAGGGAGACGACACCAUCCAUGGAGACUGGAGAUCUUUGUGCCGAUACAGCACCUACUCCCAAAAGCAAACGCUGUCGGGAUCCAGAUCCGACCAAUGACACCUGUGGCCAGACCCACUUCUCUGGAACUCCCUUCAACAAUUAUAUGAGCUACACAGAUGACAAUUGCACGGACAGUUUCACCCCAAACCAAGUGGCUCGGAUGCAUUGCUAUCUGGAUUUGGUGUACCAGCAGUGGAGUCAGGGCAGGAGACCCACCCCGAUCCCCAUGCCAGCGGUCGUCAUUGGGCAGAGCCAGGAAACCCUCACCAUACACUGGCCGCCCCCUCUUAGUGGGGUGCUGUAUGAAAGAGAGACAGGGAACCUCUGUGGAGGUUGUGCUGAAGAUGGGACAUUCAGCCAAUACGUACAUGAGGCCUCCUCACCUCGGAUCUGUGACUCUUCUGGCUACUGGACUCCAGAAGAAGCAGUAGGACCUCCAGAUGUGGAUCAGCCCUGUGAGCCCAGCUUGCAGGCUUGGAGCCCUGAGUUCAAUCUGUUCAACGUUAGCAUGACCACCCCUUGCCCUCAGCCACUCGGUUGCAUCUUGGAGCUGCACUUCCUGCAUCCUGUUUACCCGGAGUCCCUAAUGGUAUGGACAACCUACUUCUCUACGGACUCCCCCAAGGCUCUGUCGGACAUUGAGAUCCUGACAGAGCACGGGGACUCUGUACACCUGGGGCCCAUGGACACUUUUUGUGACAUCCCCCUCACGGUUAAGCUCAACCUUAACAAGAAGGUGUCUGGCGUAAAGAUCUACACGUUUGAUGAGCAGAUGGAGAUAGACGCUGCACUUCUGGUAUCCAUGCCACAGAGCCCGCUUUGUUCCAACUGCAAACCUGUAAGGUACAGGGUUCUCCGGGACCCCCCAUUUCUGGAUGGAUCCCCAGCGAUGGUGACGCAGCCGGGACGAAAGUUUACUGACACGGAAGUCCUGGCAGGCCAGCUGUAUCGCUACCAAGUGCAGGCUGUGGCUGGAGCUGCUGUAGGUGAAGCCUCCCCUCCUCUGGUCCACAUCCAUGGCUCUCCCUAUUGCGGGGAUGGUAAAGUAAGCAGAAGUCUUGCAGAGGAAUGUGAUGAUGGAGAUCUAAUAGAAGGAGAUGGUUGCUCUCGAACCUGCAAAAAAGAAAAGGGAUUCCACUGUGUUGGAGAGCCAAGCCUGUGCUAUGUAUCUGAUGGCGAUGGGAUUUGUGAGCCGUUUGAGAAAAGCAGCAGCAUUGUGGAUUGUGGUCUCUACACCCCCAAAGAGUACGUGGAUCAGUGGGCAUCAGAAGCUUAUGCCUCCCACCAGGACCAGAAGGCAUGCCCAGUUUCCCUGGUGACAGGAGAACCUCUUGUGAGGGUGUGCAAGCCUCAUCCCCAGGACACACUGGAGCAUCGCCCCCACGUGGCUUGGUUCCCUUGUACCAAUCACGGUGACCUUCAGGAUGCAGACAGGGAGAAGGUGCUCUUGGAUGAUAGAGUUUGGCUAAAAGUGUGCUUCAACAGACCCAGCAUAGCUACCUCACUCUUUGUUUUCUUGGUGUCUGAUGGCACUUCCAUGGAUGACCAGCCUAAGUCUACUGUGACAGUUCAGCUGGGUGACAUCAGUGGGCACAGCCACUUCCUUGCAACGUAUGAGCUGUCGUGCCAGCAGAACCCACUGGUCGUCAACUUAAGUGACAACGUUCCCUUCCGCCAAAUCACAUCCGCCCUGCUCAACUUCUCCUCCCUCUCCGUGGGCAUCUCUGCGGUGGCCUUGCGGACACGUUCGCCACCAGACCCUCCCAACCCGAGCAACUGCCUCCCAGACCACGAGGGGCACGGCCGCCAGAGACUCAGCUGCACCCAACACACCUGUGGAGAGGAUGGCAGCUGUGUGCAACCAUUUAUCCACCAUGCUGCUGCUGUCAACUGCAGUCCCAUCAGCCAGGGGCAUAUGGAGUGUGCUGUUACCUGUGAAAAGGGCUUUGUCCUCCAUGCCAGCCAUGGGCAGCUGCUGCGCCCAGGACAGAAAGAAAUUCUCUUGACCUGCAACUAUGGGCGUUGGGACAGGUCUGUGACUUGCGACCCCAUCGACUGCCAGUUUCCAGACCAAUCACAUGUCCUGUAUGCCGAGUUCUCUUGCCCUAAAGGGACCACCUACAUGAAGCGAUGCUUCUUCUCCUGCAUCAAGCCAGCAAAGCUGCAAGGAAUGAGUCAGUGGCUGACCUGCCUGGACGAUGGCCUCUGGUCACUCCCGGAAGCUUACUGCAAACUGGAAUGUGACACUCCACGCCCGGUUCCCAAUGCUAAGCUGCUGGUGCCCCGAUGCUUGCAAGGGAAUCACGACGUGGGCUCUGUCUGCCGCUACAAGUGUAAGCCUGGAUACCACGUGGCAGAAACCACAGAGGAGAAGCCCAGGAAAAAGUUCCUGAAUAUCCAGUGUCUUGAAAGUGGCUUCUGGGAAGACGGUAGCUGUGUUCCAGUGCUGUGUAAGCCACCCCCGCCGGUCUUUGAGGGGAUAUACAACUGCACAAACGGCUUUGAGCUUGACAGCCAAUGUGUUCUCAGCUGCAGCCCACAGAAUAAGAAGGUCCCAAUCCUUUGCACUAAAGAUGGCUUGUGGACAGAGGAAUUUAAAUUGUGUGAAGGUCUGCAGGGGGAAUGUUCACCACCUGAAGAGCUUAACUCAGUGGAGUACAAGUGUGAGGAAGGCUAUGGAAUUGGUGCUGUGUGCACACCUUCCUGUCUAAUUCUCCCGAAAGAUCCGGUAACACUGCCUGAAAAUGUCACUGCAGAUACCAUGGACCACAGAUUGAAGCCUACUAGAGUCCAGAGUAUCGUGUGCACUGGAAGACUGGAGUGGCAUCCAGAUCCGAAAGCCAUUCAUUGUAUUUCUUCAUGCGAGCCUUUUGAAGCUGAUGGCUGGUGCGACACUGCCAACAACCGGGCCUACUGCCAGUAUGACGGAGGGGACUGUUGCUCCUCCACUGUCUCCUCCAGGAAGGUGGUCGUAUUUCCUAUCGGCUGUGACCGGGACGAGUGCACCUGUCGAGACCCAGCCGCAGAAGAGAACCAGUGACAGCAGCCAGGGACGCUUGUGCCGUCUGGGAAGCGAGUGGAGGAUACGACACAGGCUUGUGGAGGAGCGGGAACGCAGGGCUGAUGGGAAGGACUCCGGUGGAACGCAGGGGCACAGAGACCUGGUGCUAUGAGAGGCACAAGUGCGUGUGGAAGGAAGAAAGCAGUGACAAGGAGGCAGAGAGCAAGCGUGGGGAAGGUGUGCCAGAGAGGAAGCAAACAGCCUUACGACACCCCAUUCAGCUUCUUUCCCAUCAGAAUCAAAGUGCCAGCCAAAGGCCUGUUC